AUGUUGUUGCGUUCAGCGUUCGCAUAUGGUUUCUUCUGCUUGGCUGCCGUGUCAGCCAGGAGUCCCCCCAAAGUCUAUAUCAUUCGGCAUGGAGAGAAGCCACCAAACCGGGAUGAUCAUGGGUUGACAUUGGAUGGGAUCAAGCGAUCUCAGUGUCUGCGGGAUAUCUUUGGUAGAGACUCGGGCUACGAUAUUGGUCAUAUCAUGGCACCGACAGUCAAGUGGAACGGAGAGCACAGACGAGCAUAUAUGACCGUCCUCCCUCUCGCCAAUGACCUCGGUCUCGAAGUCGACGCCCACUGCUCGCGCAAAGAUACCCAAUGUGUGGCCGAUACAAUCCAGUCCUACGAUGGACCUGGAAACAUCUUGAUUUCCUGGCGACACAAGAACAUGGGGCAGAUUCAGGAGCACCUGGGCUCUCAUGAUCCGCUCGAGUAUCCGGAAGAUCGAUUUGACCUCAUUUGGACGAUUCCAUUCCCAUACGAGGAGGUCACUGAUAUAGAAAGCGAAUUUUGUCCGGGUCUUGACUCUCGCCCGGCGCUUGUUGCGCAGCAUUGA